AUGGAUCGUGCACUGGCGGUGGUUUAUGCCACUCUGGUGCUACAAGCAUUAUGGGGGUCUGCCUUUUCCUCCCUGCUGGGCCCACGCACAGCGGCCACCAAGAUCGUCAACCAACGCGAGGUGGAAGGGAAUGAAUAUUGCCACUCUUGCGUCAAAAUCGACAACAUCUGCUACAACCACACCUACUUGUUCGAGCUUCCCGGGCCCUUGAGUGAAAACCCCGUCGUUGAAAGAAUGGGCAUCAUGAACUUUACCAACGUUAUAUUUUAUACUUUUGAACCAAAAUUUGGUGAUAAAGAAUAUUCCAAAGUUGGCUACGUAUCGUUAUACUAUCCUGAAUUCUUUGGCGUCAUCUCCGGCGGCCAGUCUUUCAACUUUGGUCCCUUUGAUAUAGAUCACAGAAUGAAAAAAGUAUAUCUAGGUGGUUCCGACGGUAUAUGGGUUGUUGAUGAUGUCGACUAUUUUCCAACAUAUUUUAGCGAGAAAUCGAAUCUCAUUACUAAUGUUGUUGUAAAGGACUCUGUAUAUUUUACUACUUCAAAUCACAAAGGAAUAUUUAAAUACUUUGCCGGGCAUUAUGUCGUCAAUUUAACGAUACAUAAGUUCGUUUUGGAUGGCGAGUAUAAUAUCGUGUAUUUAAAUGAUACUGGAUUAUAUAUUUCAUUUCUUAAUAGAAACCAGAUAGAUGUAAAAUUAUCUACGGAACUGCGGAUGAGAGGUUUGACUGUUGAUAUGAAAGGAACAGUGUACGCCUGGCAUGCAUAUGGAAUAUAUAAAGUAACUGUAGGCCAAGUUCUUUCCCAGUCUACAUUGAAACGUAUUACCAGUAUAGCUCCGGAUGCGAUGACGUUUGAUGAGUCAAACAACAUCAUAUAUUCGAUCAAAAAAGAAUUAAACAAGUUGGCCAAAGUUGCUACCAGUAAGUGUUUUGGUAGGUAGGUAAUUCUAGUUGAAAAUUACACGUUUAUCUG